AUGACAUUAAUUGACCGCGUUAUCGUCCACUUCGAUGGGUCAUCACUCUGUUAUGACCCUAAUCCAUUACAUCACCGUUUCUUACGGGUAACAGUCAUGAAUGAUCCUCUCGCUUUCCCAUGGGCACUGAUUUGUUCCGUACCUGACAGGAACUCGAUCCGGGCAUUGCGAGAAUUCACUUUAUGGCUUACGAGCAUAUUACAAGAAAAAGCAGUCGAAUAUGGAUGCAGCCAUCGUUUUGAUAAAGAGCCAAAAGCUGUGUUUUAUACAACUCCUGGAAUUGAGGAGGAAGUUAGGGUGGUAUACAGUGCCAUUCACAGAGAUCAUCCAGAAGUCAUAAUUGUGUUUCAUAUUUUACCGAUGCCAAAUUCAAUUGAGUAUAAAUUAAUGAAGGAAUUGGCUGAUGAAUAUGAUUUGAUACGACAGGGAAUACUGUUAGAAAAAGCCACUACUUAUUUUGACGGAUGUGAUGUUAAAGAAGUUCUUGGUAAUAUGCUUCAGUGGUUUAAUCGUCGUAUUUCACGACUUAUCGCUUUAGAAAAAAAGGCUCUUGCAAAAUUUAGUCUACGAAUUGGUGAAGAUGGGAAGUGUACAACAAAUAUAAUAUCCUUUCCAAUGAGCAAUAUCAGUACUACAGUGCAAAAAAUUCUCCAUGGUAAAGACGAUGACAUAUCUCAAAAUGUUAAUGUUAAUGUAAAAGCAAGCGUUGAAGUUUUUGGUUAUCCGUCAAGUUUUAAUGAGUUCGAAAUCGCAAACAUUUUCAAGUAUUUCCGGGUCAUCCAUGUAGUGAAAAGUUUAAUUAAUGGUGCAAUGGUGGAAUUCGUGAAUGAAAUUCAUGCAGCUCAAGCUGCUAUUGAGUAUGAUCGAAGUUGGAUUGAUUCAAUACAUUCAUUAACGGUGACACCCAUCCAUCCAGAAGUAAUCAAAGAAGUGAAAACAGCGUUGCACGAUGAAAAUAUCUCUUAUCAAUCGCUCUAA